AUGGCAUAUUCAUCGACCCAACCAGCGAUAAAACGGGCCAAGAAGCGUCAACGAACUAAUGCUGGCGGCAUUGAAUAUCCCACCAUUCCAAACGUUCCCAUGGAUGUCAUUCCUGGCUUUGUGGAAGCCAUUCGCGCCUCUGCCAAAGUCUUGCAGCACCAUUGUCAUCAACCUUUCUUGGAUCAUGAAGCAGAAUAUCAAAAGUACAAUAACAGUGGUGCUAUAAUUGAUAACAAUAAUAAUAAUGGCAAUGCUCAUGGCACUGCACAAAAUGAUGCUUCGACGAUGAUUCAUGAUCAGUUGAUGAAUCGAGUGCAAACUGCCGCUGAUAUAGCUCGAACUUCGAAAGAACAGGCACAAUGGAAGCGAUUAGAGAAACAAAAGCUGGCCAUUGACUCAUGGAUCGAUUCGGUGAAACGAUUCGCCUAUCAGACAGCAUCGUCAUCUUCAAUCCAGGAAUUACAGGAUCAACAAGGUUCAUUAACUUCAUCUUCUCAAAGCAGCAACAACAACAACAACAACAACAAUACCCAACAAACGAACAAAAAAGAACGACCAUCUGUUCCAUACGCUUGUUUUCUAUAUUUGUGGGACUUGCAACAGGAAACUCCCACCAAACUUCAGGUGAGAAGAGCAGCACUCUAUCUUUCCGGAAUUCUGUUGCGCAAGUCCAAGGAUUGUCGGUUUCAUUUGCAAAUGGGAUCCAAUCUUGCGGACUGGAUUGUUCAAAUGGCUACAAUACCACAACAGCAGCAACAACAAGAAAAUGAUUCCAGUUCCAUCUCGUUGGCACUAUUGCAACACGAAGCUCUGAGACUGCUCCACAAGUUGCACGAGCAAGGGUACGGCAAACUAUAUCCAAAACUUGCCGUGGCGGCGACUCGAUUGCGACAACAAUGUCCGCCACUUCCUACUAUUUCUAGUGACGAAGAAUUGUUAUUGCGAGAGAACGGUGCUACAAUUACCGGUAGUAGUAGCAGUACUAAUGAUUAUACAACAACCACAACAGCGGCAUCCAACAUUCUUCAUCGGAACAUGGUCGAUUGGAGGACAAUUCGAGAUUUGGCACUCAAAUAUGGAAACAAGGAAUUGAAACGUCUGCAAACAAGAAUUUCGAAAUGUCACGAAGCCUUGGAGAUUGUAGUGCCCCGCAUGGGGCAACAGCAAGACAAGAAAGAUCCAGCAAGAAAAGAGUCGUCGGUCGAGGAGCUACAAAAUUGCAAUGAAAUCAAUAAAUCUCAAGUUCAUGUUGAGAAUAACACCCAUGACGAGGGCGACGAUCAUGAGGAUGACGACGACGACAUUGAUUGGGAAGAUGGAGAUGAAGAAUUAGAAGAAAAAGAGCAAGAACUCAUGGCCAGUCACCCAGCGCAUCAUCUAUUGGCAGUGGAUCGAACAUUGGCGGCCAUGCAAUCGGCUGCUGGAGGCUUGCAGGGAGGGGAAUUGGAGAUUGAUAUGCGCAAGACAGAAAAGGAACAAGAAGAUGAGGAGGGAAUGCUGGGACAUGAUACCAAUUCCGAGGAGGCAGAACGCAAGGUCAAAGCCAAGUCUACACUUGCGAAACUCGUCAAGAUACUGCGAGAGAAACAUCUACCAAGGUUGUCUCUUUGGCUGGAUGGACUCGCCAAUGCUGACAAUCUAGUCAAGUCGAGUGCGGCACUGGUCUUAUUACCAGGUCCCUCGAUUCAGCAACGACAAAAGCUCAUUCGUGAAUUGACUGCGGCCAAGAAAUCCAUUUUCUCCAUUCUAACUUCUACUUUUCGAUUGGAAGAGAAAAAUUUGACGACAUCAUCCUCUUCGACAGAACAAUCAUCUGUAGAGAACAAUGAAGGCAAUGACGGGGAUAGCAACCGAAAUCGUCUCAUGUUUGGGGUAGUACCCCGACCUUCCGACACUCGACGAAUCAUCCAACCCAUGCUGGCGGCCCGAACAAGUGGUGGUGGCGGAAGUGAGGGACGAACGGCACUUGCCUCGGCUAUUGCGCGACACCAAAAACGGAAGAGAGUCAGUGCACGAUCUAGUCGGAUUCAGAUCAAAGUGAAAUCGAGGUAA